AUGCGUAUCAUUCUCAUUACUGUCGCUGUGCUUGGACUCAUUCAAAGUGUGGUAGGACUUCCUGCGGCGCCGCAAGCGCCACGGUUGGCUUCUGCGUUGCAAAGCAUUGCCGAUAUAAGGAAUCGAAUCCUUUCCAGCUAUUCCCUGAAAUCUCUCGGUAUCAGUUAUACUCCACUGAUUAGCUACCCUCCCUCUUCGUUUUCAUCCGUUGUUGAGGUGAAAACAAUGUCGCCCGACGAUAAAUAUCGCAUUCUGCAAAAUCAAUUCGGUGUCGGCCAUCGUCAUCUACAGAAAGUAGCAGAUCAUGAAUUCCCCGCCUUAUCGCAACCGCCAAGCCCGUCCAUCGCCGCUUCAUCGCACGCUCCAGCCGUAACAAACACCGCCAAACCGUUCCAAGUGGAGGCAGAUAACUAUUGGAUCGACGAUGAAAUUGCCGAAGACGAAUGGAAGGGCUAUGCUUGGGAACCAUAG